CCACACUCAUCCUCCAUUUCUCUCUUUUUCCCAAACACUCACAGCCCUUCACUUCCACAAUAUCUUGCCCUAAUUUCGUUCCUUCUCCACCCCAAAACCCUAGGUUCCACUUCCUACUAGCAAUCUCUUUGAACUUGAAGCUCUUUGCACAUAAUGCCGUUCAUAUCGGACACGGCGACGGCAAUCAAGAGCCGGUUCGGGUUCCAUGACCAUUCCUCACUGGACUCCGUGCCGUCAGUCCGGAGCUCUCCGGUACUUCAGAAAUCUGCUUCUAAAGAGUACCUAAUCCAGUGUUCGUCCGCGGUUCGGAGUAUUGGCAACUGCGACGAUGACAACGCUGUAAACAGUGGCGGUUCGGGACCGUCCAUCCAGAGCUUCGAGGUCUACGAGGACCCCUCGUUCUGGAAGGAUCACAAUGUGCAGGUUAUCAUUAGAAUCCGUCCGCUUAGUAGCACUGAAAUAUCCCUACAAGGCUACAGCAAAUGCAUUAGGCAAGAGAGCUUUCAGACUGUUACUUGGACUGGGCAUCCUGAGUCACGCUUUACCUUUGAUCUUGUUGCAGAUGAGAAUAUUAGCCAGGAGAAACUAUUCAAAGUAGCUGGAUUGCCCAUGGUGGAGAACUGCAUGGGAGGCUACAACAGUUGCAUGUUCGCAUAUGGCCAGACUGGAAGUGGAAAGACUCACACCAUGCUGGGAGACGUUGAGGGAGGCACUCGAAGACACAGUGUCAAUUGUGGGAUGACACCUAGAGUCUUUGAAAAUUUAUUCUCAAGAAUUCAAAAGGAAAAGGAGGCCCGUAGAGAAGAAAAAUUAAGAUUCACUUGUAAAUGCUCAUUCUUGGAAAUAUACAAUGAACAAAUUCUUGAUCUUUUGGACCCAUCAUCUAACAACUUGCAGUUAAGAGAAGACACUAAGAAAGGGGUGUAUGUAGAAAAUCUGAAGGAAAUAGAAGUUGCAAGUGCUCGGGAUGUUAUUCAACAACUUAUUCAAGGGGCAGCAAACAGAAAGGUAGCUGCUACUAAUAUGAAUCGUGCUAGCAGUCGUUCCCAUAGUGUAUUUACUUGCAUAAUUGAAAGCAAGUGGGAAUCCCAAGGUGUAACUCAUCAUCGAUUUGCUCGGCUUAAUCUUGUUGAUUUAGCUGGAUCUGAAAGGCAGAAGAGUUCUGGUGCUGAGGGUGAACGUCUCAAGGAAGCUACUAAUAUCAACAAAUCUCUUUCAACAUUGGGACUUGUGAUCAUGAACCUAGUGAAUAUGUCCAAUGGGAAGUCGCUCCAUGUUCCUUACCGGGAUUCUAAGCUAACAUUUUUGCUUCAGGAUUCUCUAGGAGGAAAUUCAAAAACAACUAUAAUUGCAAAUAUUACUCCUUCUAGUUGCUGUUCAUUGGAGACACUAAGCACAUUGAAGUUUGCACAACGUGCAAAAUUUAUUAAGAACAAUGCAAUUGUCAAUGAGGAUACAUCUGGAGAUGUCAUUGCCAUGCGGAUGCAAAUUCAGCAACUCAAGAAAGAAGUAUCUCGCUUACGUGGGUUAGUAAGUGGAGCUGAAAAUCAGGAGAAUGAUACUUUGUUGGCAAGCUUUCCUGGAUCUCCAGGAUCCUUUAAGUGGGAAGGAUUACAUGGAUCAUCUAGUCCACUUACCUCUAGUAAAAGGAUGUCUCAGAAAAAAGAUUAUGAAGUUGCCCUUGUUGGGGCUUUCAGGAGGGAAAAGGAUAAAGACAUUACAUUACAGGCGCUGACUGCUGAAACUCAGGCAGCUGUGCAGCUGGCCAAACAAAGAGAGGAUGAGGUACAGGGCCUAAAAAUGAGGCUACGUUUUCGAGAAGCUGCAAUAAAGAGGCUAGAAGCAGUUGCCUCUGGAAAGAUCUUAGCUGAGACACAUUUACUGAAAGAAAAAGAGGAACAUUUGAAGUUAAUUGAGGUCCUUGGAGCCCAGGUUGAUAGGAACCAUGAAGUGACCAGAUUUGCUAUGGAAAAUCUCCGGCUAAAGGAAGAAAUUAGAAGGUUAAAGUCAUUUUAUGAGGAAGGUGAGCGGGAGAUGAUGAAUGAACAGAUCAUGGUGUUACAAAACAAGUUGCUAGAAGCACUUGACUGGAAACUUAUGCAUGAAUCAGAUCCUUCAAUUAUUCAGAAAGAAAAUUCUGAUGUCGUGAUGGAAGAAGUUCAGCGCGAUGGUAAUCUACUGAUUUCCAAUCAGGAGCCAGGAUCACCUUGGAGGUCUGCAAUUAAUGAGGAGAACGAAUUCCUCCGCAUGCAGGCUAUUCACAACCAAGCUGAAAUGAACACGCUUUGCAAGAAACUAGAAUCGUGCAUUGAAGAGAAAGACAAAUUGGAAAGGCAUGUUAACGAUUUGGUAGCAAAACUUGAAGAAGAGAGAACUUCUAGAACCAUAAAAGAAGAAAUACAGCACGUUCAGCUUCCUUUGUCAACUGAUGUUCCCAUUAUCAAUUUGAAUGACCAAAUGGAGCUGAAAACAAUGGUUGAUGCUAUUGCUACUGCAAGUCAAAGAGAAGCAGAGGCUCAUGAGACAGCAAUUAUAUUAUCUAAAGAGAAUGAGGAACUGCGGGUGAAGCUAAAGGUUUUGAUUGAGGAUAAUAAUAAACUCAUUGAAUUGUAUGAAAGGGCUGCUGCAGAAAGUAUCUACGAAAGUACAAAUAAAGCUGAGAGGGCUGAAGAAGGUAGCACUGAAGUUCAGAAUAAUGAUAGUUUCAGUGUACUGGCCAUAGAAAAAGAGAUUGAGAUGAAAAGAGUGGUUGAGAACCUUGAGCAUCAGCUCAUGGAAAUUAACGAAGAAAAUGAAAAAUUAUUGGGUUUGUAUGAAAGAGCCAUGCAGGAGAGGGAUGAGCUCAAAAGAAUGUUGUCUUCUUGUGGACAGAGAAGAGUUGAAACCAAAUUAGAAAUUGAUUUCCCAGAAAAGCUUGUCGAAGUUGAUAACGCAGAUCAUACUGAGUCAGGUGAACCUCCUAUGUCUUUGGAGGUUAGAGAUUCAAGUGGGGAGACUGCUCUCCCAGGUUUAAAUCUGCACGAUAGAAGUCAUGCAUUUGAGAAACCUACAAUAUCUGGAGUGAAAGUCCUCACAGUUGAAAAUGAGUUUUCUGGAUUAAAUGUGCGAGAUGGACCUCACUUUAUUGGAGCAAACAUGUCAGUGGAGGCAAGCACAGAGUUAGUUGAACCUAUCAUAUCCUGUGAAGCCAAAAUAUCUAAUGAGGAAAAUGGCAUGCCUGGCCUGCAUCCUUUAGAUUGUCAAGCAGGUUUUUCAAAUCAGACUGAUGUUGGGACCCUUUCUGACAUGGAAACAGACCCAUCAAACCUUAAUGCAGUUAAGCUCUCUGAAGAUCUGAAUUUGGUCAGAAUGAAGUUGUCAAGGGCAGAUGCACAGCUUUUAGAAUCUGCUAAAAGUAUUACUAUAUUUGGUUCACUUGAGAAAGCAAUCAUUGAAGUUGAUAAGCUCUCAAGAAAAAUGGAAGAAGCGGAAAAUGAACUUAAGUGCAAGAGGCAACAUUAUGAAUCCCUUAAACUCACUACUUCAGAUGUGAAAGAAAGAAGAGCCCUUAUUGACAACAAGUUAUCAGCUCUCAAAUACUCUUUAUUGAACUUCUCUUCGUCUGUUGUUUAUUUUGAACAACGAGAAGCUCGGGCAAGAUCAAGGGUAAUAGCUUCGACGUCUUAUCUGGAUCAAAAGAAAGAUGAAUUUGCCCGUCUUCAAACCCAGAAGGAUGAAUUUGAGACUGCACAGAGGAAGAUUCAACAGUCUGAAGUUGAGUUGAGGACCAACCUCGCGCACUUGAAAUCAAAACUGGAUGAGGAAAACCGGAAACAAGAGAAUGACAAGGUUCUCUUUACCAUAGAUAAUGUUGAGAAAAUAGAUCCCGCACAGAAGCAAUGGCAUUUGGGUGGUAAAGCUACUGAAUUGCUGAGGUCCGAGGAAGAGAAAAUCAAGUUGCAAACUGAGAUGAAACUGUCUCGGGAAAAACUUGGGGGCAUAAGAAGGGAGUCUGAAGAUUUGAACAGGAAAUAUGGGAAGGUAGACACCGAGAUGCAAGCAGUUCAAGCAGAGAUACAAAAAGGUUUGAAGUCUAUGGAAGAGAUGGAACUCGCGGUUCAGGGGGUAAUCCAAGAGAAGAAGAUGCUAUUGGAGAUUAGGGACACUGGAAAGACUGAAAUUGAAAGUAUGAUUAUUGAAUACCAGCAAUGUGUGUUUGAAGCAGAUUUGAAGGAGUUGGAAAUGAAGAUUGUGGAGGAAGAAUUGCAGGUGGAGUUGAGAACAAUAGAAGAUUUACGAACAGCCAGGUCUACAGCCACGGAGGAGAUGACCCGAUUAUUGGAAGGUACAAGGUGUCAUUCGUCCUGCUUAUCGGAAAAGAUGGAAGACGAGCUGCAAAGAGUCCGGGCAUCUGUUCUGGAGGCAAAGUCAUUGCUAGGGGAAGGCAAUCCAGGUGACAGUUAAGUCUUUUGUUUAACUGUCAUUACGUUGUACUGAAUAUUUCCACAUAAGCUAAAGCUGCGAUUAGUGCACUUGUAAUUGGCUAUAACCUAUAUUACUGUUCUUUCGAUUCUUUAAUGAG